AAACGAUUCAUCAGGUUCACACAAAAGUCUCUUCUCUCUGUUUUUCUCUCUCUCUCUCUCUCUCUCUCUGGCUUCGUCUUUCUCCUGAACCAUGGCGGCGGCAACAACACCAUCAUCAUCUUCGAUCCCCUUCUCAACAAAACCUUCCUCCUCCAAAUCACCAUUACCAAUCUCCAGGUUCACCCUCCCAUUCGCACUAAACCCCACCAAAUCCUCCUCCUCCCGCCGCCGCGGUAUCAAAUCAACCUCCCUCUCCAUCUCCGCCGUGCUCAACACAACCACCAAUGUCUCAACCACAACUCCUCCAUCAAAACCAACCAAACCCGAAAAAAAAAAAUUCGUCUCCCGAUUCGCUCCAGAUCAGCCACGCAAAGGCGCUGACAUCCUCGUCGAAGCUUUAGAACGUCAAGGCGUAGAAACAGUCUUCGCUUACCCAGGAGGUGCAUCAAUGGAGAUUCACCAAGCCUUAACUCGUUCCUCCUCGAUCCGUAACGUCCUUCCACGUCACGAACAAGGAGGCGUAUUCGCAGCUGAAGGCUACGCUAGAUCCACAGGUAAACCAGGUAUCUGUAUAGCAACCUCAGGUCCUGGAGCUACAAAUCUCGUUAGCGGAUUAGCCGAUGCCUUGUUAGAUAGUGUUCCUCUUGUAGCGAUCACGGGUCAAGUCCCUCGUAGGAUGAUUGGUACUGAUGCGUUUCAAGAAACUCCCAUCGUUGAGGUGACGCGUUCGAUUACUAAACAUAACUAUCUUGUGAUGGAUGUUGAAGAUAUUCCUAGGAUUGUUGAGGAAGCUUUCUUUUUAGCUACUUCUGGUAGACCUGGACCUGUUUUGGUUGAUGUUCCUAAAGAUAUCCAGCAGCAGCUUGCGAUUCCUAAUUGGGAACAGGCUAUGAGGUUACCUGGUUAUAUGUCUAGGAUGCCUAAACCUCCGGAAGAUUCUCAUUUGGAGCAGAUUGUUAGGUUGAUUUCUGAAUCUAAGAAGCCUGUGUUGUAUGUUGGUGGUGGUUGUUUGAAUUCGAGUGAGGAGUUGGGUAGGUUUGUUGAACUUACUGGUAUCCCUGUUGCGAGUACGUUGAUGGGUCUUGGUGCUUAUCCUUGUGAUGAUGAGUUGUCGUUGCAUAUGCUUGGCAUGCACGGGACCGUGUAUGCUAAUUACUCUGUGGAGCAUAGUGAUCUGUUGUUGGCUUUUGGGGUGAGGUUUGAUGAUCGUGUCACGGGUAAGCUUGAGGCUUUUGCUAGUAGGGCGAAGAUUGUUCACAUUGAUAUUGACUCGGCUGAGAUUGGGAAGAACAAGACUCCUCAUGUGUCUGUGUGUGGAGAUGUUAAGUUGGCUUUGCAAGGGAUGAACAAGGUUCUUGAGAACCGAGCUGAGGAGCUUAAGCUUGAUUUCGGGGUUUGGAGAAGUGAGUUGAACGAACAGAAACAAAAGUUCCCUCUGAGCUUCAAGACGUUUGGGGAAGCUAUUCCUCCACAGUAUGCGAUUCAGGUCCUUGAUGAGCUGACUGAUGGGAGAGCCAUUAUAAGCACUGGUGUCGGUCAGCAUCAAAUGUGGGCGGCGCAGUUUUACAAGUACAAAAAACCAAGGCAGUGGCUAUCAUCAGCAGGCCUUGGAGCUAUGGGUUUUGGACUUCCCGCUGCUAUUGGAGCGUCCGUUGCGAACCCUGAUGCGAUUGUUGUGGAUAUUGACGGAGAUGGAAGCUUCAUAAUGAAUGUGCAAGAGCUGGCCACUAUCAGGGUAGAGAAUCUCCCAGUGAAGAUACUUAUACUAAACAACCAGCAUCUUGGCAUGGUUAUGCAAUGGGAGGAUCGGUUCUACAAAGCUAACCGAGCUCACACAUAUCUUGGUAACCCGGGAGCGGAGGACGAGAUAUUCCCGAACAUGCUGCAGUUUGCAUCAGCUUGCGGGAUUCCAGCGGCGAGGGUGACAAAGAAAGCAGAGCUCCGAGAAGCUAUCCAGAAAAUGCUGGAUACCCCAGGACCAUACUUGUUGGAUGUGAUUUGUCCGCACCAAGAGCAUGUGUUGCCGAUGAUCCCAAGUGGCGGCACUUUCAAUGAUGUCAUAACGGAAGGAGAUGGCCGGACGAAAUACUGAGAGAUGAAAAACUCAGAACUGUUUUACGGUCUUGUAUCCAUAUGGUAAAAAACUUAGUUUGCAAUUUCCAGUUUGUGUUUUGGUAAUUUGAGUUUCUUAGUUGUUGAACUGCUCUUUUUUGGUUACCUCAGACUACUACUGCUACUGUUGUGUUUGUUUUCCUUCAUAUAUAAAUAAAUAAUCCGGUUCGGUUUACUGUUGUGAA